CGUGGCGCUACCCUUGCUUCGAUAGUGGACGGUGAGAGUGGGCAGUGCUUACCCGUGGGCUAAGUUAGCAUGGAUUGCCAAAGAUGAGUUAUAGUAGAUAUAAGAUGGAAAUCCUUUUUUAGACUAAAGAGGCUGAUAUCGCUUCUUUGAUGGCUAAUACUGUCUCUAAACUCCAGAUUGGGUGGGUGGGGCUGGCUUCCUUUGAUUCCGAAGAUAAGAAGAUAGAAUGCUUUCCCUAAUAUAGGAAUGGAGCUCUUGGUCCAGUCGGGGUGCUAGCUUCCCCACUAUAGAUUCGAGCAGAGAUUUUGCUCUUAAGAAAAUAGGGAGAUGGAGCCAUAGAAGGUAUUCCUUGACCUGUUGGGGCCUGGCCUUACCGAUGCCUUCUGCUCGCAGCCGCCAGCGGGUACCAGAUUAUGCUUAUAUCGCCGGGGAUAUAGCGUCUUAGAGAACAUUUCCGUUAAGGUACCAAAGGUAGAGAUCGUAUUGUCAUCUUUACUGGACCCGUUCCUUUAGGGUGCCUUCUCCUUCUAUGAAAGGAGCCGUAUGAUUUGGGGGAGGGUUUUCGUUCGCUUCCGCGCCCUGCAGCUCGGCACCUACGAUAAAGGGUCUAGUCCAUACUCCCUUUAACAACAAACUAUUAGUAACAUUGGAAAGUCUACGGGAAAUGUAGUAAUUUCGCUUUCUAGCUUUCUUGAGUACACAAACCUUGCGAGAGCAACCCCGGGUUCGUUCCUAAGCAUCGCCAUAAAAGACACGUACUUAUUGACUUUGUUAUAGGCACCGAAAUCUCCAAUCUAAAUAGAGCUCUUUGCCUUUCUGGGGUUAUUGUCCAAGCGACUGAACUCUAUAUUUGAUAUGUUUUGGCCGUGUCGCUCCAAGAUCAAAGGUGAUGAACAUUCCGAGAAAAGAACUUAUUGCUGAAUAUCCGCUCUCUGUUUCCGAACUGUCCUUCUUUUCAUCUUUAUUCAUGCCUUUCCUUUCACAUAAUGGAAAUUGACAUCACAUAGCUUUACCUUUGAUGAGAGAGUAGAGUUGCACUUACACUUUGAUUUAUGCCUUGACUCUAUACCUUGGGGAUUAUUCACUGGGUCACACAUCAUAUAACCACAGACGCAAAGCAGUUGAUUACUAUAAGAAUGAACGUGCAUUAAGAAUUCCACUAGUCAGUAUAAGAAUGAACCCGGAUUUGAUACUAUUGAAAGCCGUAAACUCUGCUCUUUUCUACCCUUAACUAAAGCCAAUAACUCCCCGAAACGACAACACUCAUGCACCCAAGGAGACUUCACUUCAGUGCGUGCGUGCUUAGCGCUUCAAUUCCUAGAACCUCUAAUCGGCCUUUAUCCAUACCACAUACUUCACUCUCAAAAGCACUUGUUCGAAAGGGUGAACUCAACGCUUCGGCAAACUCUGUUAGCACAACAUUUGGCGAAAGAAAAGAUGGGAAUUCAACUUCACUAGAAGAGAUUCACCUACCUGCUUCCUGCUUACAAAACUAACUAACGUUUACUUGAGCGGGGUGCAUUAGCUUACUUUCCAGGGUGCCGAUAUUCUUUAUUAAAGCUUCAAUAUUCAAGGCAUUAGUUUCUAGUCUUUCGCUGCGCUGUAAGCCGUAUAAAGUAGAGUGGAAAGAAUAAGGGAGUAUAUAAGUAGUUAAGAUGAAUCAGAAAGAUUAUUAACGUUGUCGCGGGUAUAAAUUGAAACGAGACUCGCUAACACACUUAGUGGCCGUUGCUUGUUUUGGGCAAAAUCAUUGAACUCACACUCUAAGCUCGAAAUCAAAGAGCAAAUGAAUUGUUGACGGGUAAUCUAGGAAUUGUUGAAUGGAAUCUUUCGCUAAUAACUCACUAACGGAGCUCACCGAAGCUGCAAUUCGCUAAUAACUCACUAACGGAGCUCACCGAAGCUGCAAACUGAUUAUGGUUUCUAGGUGGGGGUGCUAACGUGUUAUGAUUGGGGGAGAACAGAGGAGCUCUUUCGAAAGGAAUGGCGCGCGUAACAUGCUACUUAUUAUAUUGAGUUAAGCUAUUCAAUAAGUAAGGGAACAAGGCCUAAUUUCAUCAGCUUACGGAGAGUUCUCGUCAACACUUCUUUCUCGCCGUGGAACAGAGGUUCAACUUAGCAAAUGCGUGCGCCUUUCUCUUUCUGUCCUUCUUAAGCGCUAAGUACUCUUUCUUUUUCUACAUUUGACAAAGAAACCUAAGGAUACGAAAGGCAAAGGGUAGGUCUCAGUCGAUCAAACAAGAUUAUGGAGCCUAAGACUUGAGUGGUGAGUUUAGAGUCAUAAAGUGAGGAGUUCGCGCUAAAGCUAUUGCCAGUAGGAUCAGUAGGAUAAGAAUGAUUGAUACUGGGUCAAGUGAGGCAGUUGGGGUGCUCCGCCUACCAAGUUCCAGUCCCUGUACCUGUACCAGUGUCUUCAUCUUCUUUCCAUCGAUUCAAGGAUUGCCUUAAUUCAUUCUGCUCGUGGGAUAUCGUCACUAUUGAUCAUGUCUGCUUCAGUUGGAGGGGGAGACACUUUCUUUCCAUUAUGAAUUAGUUGACUGACCUUAGUAUCCUUAGACCCUGGGUUGUACCUUAUUCUAUCUCUCCUACCAGAUCACAGAUGCGGCCCUGUUUUAAGGAAGAAUGCAAGUGAACUGAUCUCUAGUAGUCGCUAGCAGAGGAGGGCCUUCGCAGUGGACCGGGUAAGCUUCGUGGCAGCUAUCUUGCUCUCUUGCUUUAUGCUCGAUUCCUCAGUCGGAGUGGGAAAUCAAGGAGCUGAAAGCCUUUUGUCUUACCAUAGGAAAUAAGAGCUUAGGGCAUUUCUUCAAAUAAAAACGAUAUUGACAUUAGUAAGGCAAACCAAACCUACGGAUUCUUCUCAGCAUAUACGAAUAUCAAAGGUAGUAAAAGGUAGAGAGAGAGGGCCUAUCUAUAAACCUUUGAAAGCAAGGACGGAUUAUACACGCUACUCACUUCGCUCCAUUUAGAGUGGGUGGAAGAAUCUAUCUUGCUUCUGUGCUCUUGCUCGUAAGUCCGUCUUUCUCUUUCAUUGUUGUCUAUCCGAACCGAAGACGGCACUACUUAUACGAAUUAGCUGACAAAGCAAGUGGAUUCCCCCCGCUGCGAAGAAUUCUUUUGGUACUAGACAAGGGUCAAGGCUGAAUUCCAUUUCUCCCUGGGCUGAGCUUAUAAAGAUAUGCGGCAUGGUGAAAUAAAGGAGAGCAUUCCACUUGUGUGUUUGUCGUGGAUCUGGGAUGGAUUCCAAAAGGCUUUCAGCUCCUUGCAUGGGAGUAGUGCGCUUAGCGUGGGACCUCUUUACGGCGAAGGUAGGAAAUCGAUCGGAAGCUAGGGGGCGGAUAAUUGACUUUGACCCGAUCCUUUAUGUUUUGAUAAUUGCUAAACAACAUCGGAUGAGUCCUCCCUUCAUAAUAGAAGCAAGAAAUUGGGACGACUUUGGGGGUUAUCAAAGGGCUUAGGGUACAGCUGCGUGAAAACUCACCUCUCAUCUUUUCGCCCUAACGCGCCACAGACGCAUUAUCUGUUUGCGUGGAAUCAGAUUCAACCAAGGUAAAGGAAGACUGAGGUGACCAAAUGAGGACGUAUCAAUUAAGACGAGGAAUUUGAUACAGGUUAAGCAAGGACGGGGUUUGAAUCCCAGCUAGAGGUGAGUUAGCCUACGAACGACCACCGCUUAUCCAAUGAAUUGGCAACUUGAUUUGAUUGCUCGAACCGAUCGUAUAGAGUGAAGGCCAAUAUAGACAAAGUUGUAAACCACAGACGAGGCUAAGAUUGAUCCCGAAUGAAAAGCCUCCAAAAAAGCGGGGAGAUAUAUUGAAAUAAAGGAAUUGGGGGAUGGAUUGACUACCAAUGAUACAGUUAAAGUAAAGGAUUGCCUGACUUUGAAAAUCAAGGGAUUCACGCACUGACUCAAGCAGGGGAUUUCCUCCAUAGGCCGAAAAGCAUUUUGUAGAUACUUGUUACAGGCCCGAACUUGUUACAGUAGAGUAAGGGGAGCGCGAAAGAGCUUUAUUUCCAAUUAGAGUAAGGGCCCGCUAAUACAUUACUUUUAUUGCUUAGAGUAAGGGCCCGCUAAUACAUUACUUUUAUUGCUCUCGACAGAAGUAACUCGACGGAAAGGAGAGGAAGGAAGAGCACUGUUAGUGACCUUAUUCUUUUACAAAGAGGAAAGGGAGGCUAGGAAUCCAGAAGUUCAUCGUGAAAAUAGAUAGAGACCAGAUCAUAUCAUGAAAUAUGUAUUGUCAAUGCAGAGCAUCCGCUUACAGUCCUGCAGAUAAGGCAUAUGGCGUGACACACACUAUAUAAUAUAAGGUUCAAAGUCGUUGGAAUAAUAUAAGUGAAGUAGUUAGUAUAAGUUCCGUAGUUAGAAUAAUAUAAGUGAAGUAGUUAGUAUAAGUUCCGUAGUUAGAAUAUGAACAUUUACAACUUUCUAUAAGUUCCGUAGUUAGAAUAUGAACAUUUACAACUUUCUCACGGAUAAGGGAAAGCGUCGAUAUGCAAGAGUUUACCCCAUUGAGUGCCUUUACUUGAAGAAAGAUGUUAAUUCCAUCUUUAUUGUUCUUUACAGAAGAGUCAUGAGAUCCUCUUGCGGGUCGCCUAGCUUUCAUUAUAGUGAAAACUGGUACCAAAACCAUCCAAUUUGAUUUCUGGGAAGUGGUUAUAAAAGUGUUCUACGGUUAACAUGCCUCGCUCUAAGUGUAGUAGCUUGUUGGGUGCCUAUUGCUAAGUAAAGAAUUGAGUAUAUGCUUGGUCCCUACUAAAUGAAUUCUUUCCUUGUACUAUAGUUCCAUUACAAGUUUGCUUGUUCCUUGCUUACUUAUGAGUUUGCUUGUUGAGUUGAGUAUCUAAAGUGAGUGGAGUCUUUAUCUAAAGUGAGUUUCGUCUUGUAUAUAAAGGGUAAUAUGAGAGUCUUGUAUAUAAGUGAGUAAUCAUAAUAUCUUAUAUAAGUUAGUAAUCAUAAUAUCUUAUAUGUAUGCGAUGUUAACUAGAAAUCAUAAUAUCUUAUAUGUAUGCGAUGUUAACUAUAUUAAUUAAUACAAAUACAGGCUAUUCGAUGGAUUUCAAUCUUACUGAGAUGCUCCCGCUCAAUACCUUCGUGCUAUUAUCAGUAAAGAACUCUCAUAUCUAGUGAAUAUUGGCCAUUAGGCUAAUGUUCUAUAAACAGGAUUGAAAAGCAGGAUCCUAGCCAACUUGAGUAUUGCCGAAGAAGCCACUCCUUAAUUUCUGGAAGCUUUAGUCAAACAUCUGCAAGAGCGACAAAGUCUGUUUUGGAACGAGGCAAAACCACAACAUUUUGUAUAACUCUCUAUCCUGUUAUUCACAAUUCUUUAUAUCUGUGGGAAUUCUAUCGGGAUCUGGGUGAAUUUGAGCUCGUGAGAAAGCAUGCUUCACAGCCACUCAUUCGUCCUAACCAAACAGUACCAUCUUUAUCUCAGCCACUAGUAUUAAGGAAAUCCCUUUUGAUGACUUAGCUUAUGCUUAGUAUAGUGAGUCGGGCUACGAUUCGGAAGUAAGGUAACAGGAUUCGUUAAUGCACCAUCUUUCAAGGGAUCCGGAGUUUUCUUUUCCAGAAAAGGUCCCCUCCUUCAAUAUAAUGAUUGGGUCGACCAGGCCAGAUCCUAAGUGCAAUCUCAUUCUCGGGUCGACCAGGUCCGGGCCGAUCGUGAGUCAAUAUCCAAUCUAAAACGUACAUUGCAGUUCCAGCAGAAAUACUUGGUUUAAUUCUACCACUUCUACUAGGAGUUGCCUUUUUAGUGCUAGCUGAACGUAAAGUCAUGGCUUUUGUGCAACGUCGAAAGGGUCCUGAUGUAGUAGGAUUGUUCGGAUUGUUACAACCUCUAGCGGAUGGUUUCAAAUUGAUUCUCAAAGAACCUAUUUCACCAAGUAGUGCUAAUUUCUCCCUUUUUCGAAUGGCUCCAGUAGCUACAUUUACGUUAAGUCUGGUCGCUCGGGCCGUUGUACCUUUUUCUUAUGGUAUGGUAUUGUCAGAUCCGAACAUAGGGCUACUUUAUUUGUUUGCCAUAUCUUCGCUAGGUGUUUAUGGAAUUAUUAUAGCUGGUUGGUCUAGUAAUAUAGGGAGCGGCCGUUCGGUCGCCUAUGAUAGACGGACCAAUUGGUCAAAUAUGGGUUUGUGCCGCAGGUGUUGAACGAUCUACUCUACACAGGUGUGGGCUUACAGGGCAGAGGGCUCUCUAUGUAUUAUUCCCUUUCAGUAUAGGGAUGAGGGAAUUGGCUGUAAUCCACAAAUAGUUGUUUCUAUUCGCACCUCAGAUCCAGAGGAAAGAAAGGUUGCUUGUCAAGGCUGGGCUGGGGCCUAACUCUUUCUUUUGAUAGCUGUCCUUUAUAACCGGCUGUUCUUCUUUGUCAACGCUACUACUCUAGGUUCUCGCCUACUUUCCGAAUGAAAGAACAUGAGAAACAGUUUCAAUGGAAAAGGCUAUACUUAGUUUCGCAAGCCUUUGUCAUUGUCAGUCAACUAAGUAAGGGCUUGACUUGAAGGACUUGUUUAUAACUCGCCUAGCAACUGUAUACUAAGCUUGGCCCCUGCGCUGUGAAUCCUUAAAUCUUCGAGCAUGCCACACUAAAUGGAUGAUACCCUCAUACUAUAAAGACAGAAUUGGAGUACCUGAAAACCCCAUCAUGGUGAACCUCUCCUUGUGAUCGGGAUGAGGUAGAUGCCUCCCAGCAGGGGGCGGAUCGAAUCGGAGUUUCCUUAGGUAGCCACCGACCUACAGUUAUCCUUAAACUUCCGUGCUUGGUGGAGAAGAAGCUAACAAAGGUACGCUCGCUUGCUGUCUUGUUCUCUGCCGCGGACUGGGAUCGCUCGCCAGCUAGGCCCUCUAGAAUCAAGUUGGAUAGCAACAAUUCCGUAUGAGAACAUAUUACCCAUCCUCGGAGACAAGGGGCGGAACGACCUCUCGAUCUACUUACUUCAGCCCUGGACGGGCGUCGUCGUCUAGGCGUUCCCUGUUGCUCUGAUCUCACAGACGCCUAGGACGUAGUCUGGGCCAAGAGCCAUAGUUAGUUGCUGUCUCCAUUUAGUUGUUCUUUCUCUAAGUUGAUACCGGCAAGACCCAGCAAGAUAAUGAUGUCUGCUGAUUGGUAGUGAGAGGACUCUUAGUACCCGCAAUAAAAAGGUUCAAAAACCAUAAUAUCGUUUCUUGCUCUCCCUUAGCAGCGGGAAAGGAGUCUAUCUAUCUGCCUAGCUUUGGUAGAA